AUGUGUGACAGGUUUUGUAUUGUUGUUGAAUGUGGCCGCGAGCUGCGCAUCGGUCCUGACGCGUCAUGCGACGUCGUCUUGUCGUUGCCCCAACCGCCCGUCGCCGGCUUUUCCCGCCUCGUCUGCCGUGACCCAGUCUUUGCCUGCGUCUCCUGCAGUGUGGAGGGGGUGCUGCGGCUACAAGUCGUCCCCUGCUCACUCCCCGUGUACGUCAACAACAUUGAAAUGCCGCGACACCAGCGGCCCAUGCAACUUUACCCCGGCGCCUUUGUGUCUUUCCUCAAGCUCUGCCGGCAAUUGACUUGUCGUUUUUUCACAACCGCCACGCGUCCAGUGGAGCAGCCGGCGCCGGAGAGCAACGCAAUUCCGCCGAAGCCUGCGGCCGCGGUGGGACGCCGUGGCACCCCGCCAAUAUUCCUGGCUCCACGCGGGUUGCGUGGGAAAUUUGGAAAAAUGAAGUUUCCCCGGUCACCACGCGUGGUGCACAUCGCAACGCCCUCGUCGGAGGGCAAUGCGCAGUCGGUGUUGACGUCGUGCGGCUCACAGUUAUCAAAGGAGACCGAGAAAAAUCCUUGCCGGUCCCCGACUGGCGCUGAGGACUCCGCCUUCACACACGCCGCCUUGUCGUAUUUGAGCGAAGCGGAUCCCCCGCUGCCGCCCCCCGCGCAUGCCAUUGUGCCCUACGUGGUAGAGGUCUGGGGGGAGCACGCCAGCCUGCACACGGUCAUGGGGCAAAGUAGUAUUGCCAUGUCGGACCCCGACCAGCCAUCGGACCUCUCACUCACAGGGGCCACGGUCACGUAUAAGCCCCCAGCGGAUCCGUAUGUGACAUCUAACGCUCGCGACAUGUUGAAAUGCGUUCGCUACAUGCGCUUUGCGACGUCGGUGCGUACCGCGGCGACGGCUGUGCUGGAAUGCAUUGAAGGUGCCUACGACCCACAAAAGUGCACCUUCAUACCAUUUCCGCAGCACAAAAAAAAAUGA